AUGUCAAUUCCUGGAUUAGGGCAGCUGCCUAUCAAGGCGGCGACCACUCCCAUCCGCAAAAUCAACCUUCGACCCUUCUGGGAGUGGCGGUUCGAGAUCCCUCAUAACUCCACCGUCACUGUGCGCCUUGUCUCCGGCACCGCAGAGCGCGACGGCACCGAGCUCGCCCUUAACGUCACCUACAAGUUCCGAGGCAUCAAGUCCAAAGUCCUGACCUGGCGCGGCUGCGAGAUCGAAUUCGAACCCAGCGGCGAUUUUGACGAAUAUGUGGCCGAGUACGUGGGCCCCGACGAGACGCCCCAGGUAUCCUACCUCAACCUGCACUUCCUGCUCGACGGCCUGCGAAAAGAGGCCAGGGCCAAGAAUGCGACGGGUCCCAGGGUCUUGAUCGCGGGCGCCAAGGAUGUUGGCAAGACAAGUCUGGCGCGCACGCUGGCCGCUCUGGCGGUGAAAUCUGGCGCGCAGCCCGUGGUGGUCAAUACGGAUCCGCGUGAGGGCAUGCUGAGUCUGCCCGGUACCCUCACUGCCGCGGUCUACGCCACGAUCAUGGACCUGGAUGGUGAGGGCACAAAUGGUUGGGGCGGCACGCCCACGAGCGGACCAUCCGGUGUUCCCGUCAAGCUGCCCAUUGCACAAUAUUAUGGUCGCCAACACGCCAUGGACGACAUCCAAUUGUACAAAGAGAGUGUGUCGAAGCUCGCUGGGUCCGCAACCGCCCGCAUGAGCGGUGACGUGGAUGUUAAGAGUUCAGGAAUGAUUAUUGAUACGCCAGGCGUCAACUUCUCUGGUCAGAUCGAGCCGAGUAGCUUGGACACGUUGGUACAUGUGGUUGACGAGUUGUCGGUCAACAUCAUUGUUGUUUUGGGUUCAUCACAGAUACAUGCAGAGUUACAGAAGCGUUUCGGCAGGGAAAAGACGACUCUGGGCGAGUCAAUCGCUCUGGUGUCGCUCGAUAAGUCCCAUGGCGUCGUGGAAAGGGAUGAGGGCUGGAUGAAGGCUAUGCAGGAAGCUGCCAUUAAGGAGUACUUCUUCGGCGACAGCAAGAGAACACUGAGCCCCUUCACCCAACAAGUGGAUUUCGAUGCCGUGGCUAUCUACCGUAUUCCUGAGCCGAACGAGAAUGGCAUCGAAGGAAGAGGACUCGAGAAAGUCGAGCCCACGCCAGCCCUUUCCCACUGGACCUUAGCCGUCAUGAACGCAUCAGUCGGCGAUUCUCCAGAAAGCAUACGGACGGCGCCGGUACUGGGAUUUGUGUACAUUUCCGACGUCGUCAAGGAUAGACGGAAGCUGAGCAUGUUGACGCCUGUGAGCGGCAGACUCGGCAAGCGGCCGUUGCUAUGGGGAGAUUGGCCAGAGCAAUUCAUCAACCUUUUGGGAUGA